AUGGAAGUGGGAAAUGGGUUUGAUGGCGAGAACAUUCCUCUGUGUCACGUGGUGUCCGUUCUGAGCGACGAAUUCCUGCGCUUCUGCAAUGUAGACAGCAUUGAGCAUGCCGUUCUACAGAAUGCGGCGGAUUUACUCACUCGUGAAGUCGGAGUGUUUACAGUGUACGAUGCACGAGGCAUUUUGCGUCGCCAUUUCAUGACAAAAUACGGUGGUUGCUCCCGAUGCUCCGUUGUGACCCAACCCAAAUUUAAGGUAUACGAACUCGGUUUUCUGGCUUAUUCCAACUUUGUGGACAGUUUCGAAUGCAGCAAUGAUGCCGAUACGAAUAUCAACAGCAGCUAUUUGGUGGAACGGGAAGGUUCCGAAGUUUUUCUCUCUGAAUAUGACCCGUCGCAGCACCCGCAGAGGCGAGGACUGCGACUCUGCUUUCUGGAUCGCAGCCAUGCCCACCAACGGAUUCUCAGGCUGUCGCUAACCGAGCAUCCGCCGCCUGAGGAUUGGAUAGAUACGCCCGGAGUGUUUCUGCGCGGCAAGCAGGUGAAAUAUCGCAUUCCCUCCGAGCAUCAGGUUUCUCAACCCGACCUUCAACGGCAGUUGCAUUUGAUAGAUGGGGUUGAGCUUCCCACUGCCGACCUCGUCGUGUCAGUGCAACCCCGGCUACGCGAUGCUGCGCUUUUCUUUAUCGCAUUUAUUUUUCUGAGCCUGUUGCAGUUGGUUAGAUUCAUCACUCCCUGGCGUUUCAAGCCAACCAUGCCCCCGAAAUUAGAUUUUAAACUGUUGUUACGGUGCAUCGCAGCUCGCGUGGGUAGCGUGUGUUUUUUCGGGGGAUCUGUAAUAUACUCGUUUGGUCCCGACGGCAUCCCGCCAUUUUUUCUGGCGGAGUCCGAGCUGCACCAGUGCUUCGGGCUGACCGUCGCUGCGUUUUCGCGUUGCGUCGAUCGCUAUUAUACGUGCCAGAGGCGCAAAGGCAAGUGA